AUGGAAAGUUCGGUUUCAAGAGAUGCAUCAGAAGAAGAUAAUGAUACGCUUGAUACGCCUUCUUCGAUAUCUUCCAUGACCCCCAGUAAUGUUGCACCGUCGUCAAAGAGAUCAAAAAAUGAAUUUACCUCUAUUAAUGGUGUUGUUAAUUCAAGUCCUCCUGACUCUGACAUGUUUCCAGAGCCUUUAUGUGAUCGAGAUAAGAUUUUAUCCGAAAAAGAAAAGACGGAACAACUUUCAAAGGAAUACUCUUUUAAAAUAAACCCUCCACCAACAGAUAGACCUGUUCGCAUUUAUUGCGAUGGCAUUUACGAUUUAUUUCAUUUCGGUCAUGCAAAAUCGUUACAGCAAGCCAAGGAGGCAUUCUCCAACGUUUAUUUGCUCGUUGGAGUAUGCGACGACGCAACGACACAUAAGAAAAAGGGCAAGACUGUUCUUAAUGAACAGGAACGUGCAGAAUCAUUAAGACACUGUAAAUGGGUAGAUGAGGUGGUUGAGCAUGCGCCAUGGGUAAUUACCCAAGAAUUCUUGGAUCGUUAUCGAAUCGAUUACGUCGCGCAUGACGCGAUCCCAUACACGUCAGGUGGCUCAUCAGAUAUAUAUUCAUUCGUCAAAGAGCAAGGCAGAUUUCUACCAACACAGCGUACCGAGGGUGUUUCCACAAGCGAUCUCAUAACGAGAAUUGUGAGGGAUUACGAUCAAUAUGUAAGGCGUAACCUGGAAAGAGGCGUCUCACCAAAAGAACUCAACAUAGGGUUCUUAAAGGCCAAGGAGAUCAACAUGAAAAAGUCAAUUUCGGAUAUCAGAUCAUCCAUCCAUCAAAAUUGGCAUGGUACAAAAACGGAAUUAUCUAAUGACUUUUCCGAGUUGAAAAAUGAUUUGGCACAAACGUUUGCCAUAUGGGAAAAUCGAAGUCAGGAAUACGUAAGGGGCUUCGCAGGAAUGUUCGGUGCUGAGAGUGUUGUGGAUAAAAUUUUCCGCCGGCGUUCACAAGCUUCCUUAAAUAAUGGAUCUGAGGAAGAAAACAGAAUUUCGUCGGAUGAAGAUCCGCUACAUCGAUCAAGAAGCGUUUCUCCUGUGAGAAGGGUUUUUGACUUUAUUAAAAGGGACCGAGAUCAACAAUAA